CUAGAGCCGACCACUUCGUCCUCACAGAAGCAGGGGAUGUGAUCACCAGUCUCUCUCGGUGCCCAGGUCGAAUCUCCAGCAGAGGGAAAGCAGAGCAAGAUGAUGGGCUACAGAGCUGAGUUUUAUCGUCAUGGCCCUGUUGGCAGUACUCAGAGAGCUGCUUUCAAGUGGGCCACGACUUACCUGUCCAAGAUUGCUGUAAUCCUACGGAAUGCUCCAAACUGGAUGCUCACUUUCACCCAGUUGAUGGAUAGACUGAUGCAGCUGAUGUCCGAGGACAGAAAAUCUCUUGAGAACAACAUCAGAGUCUGUUUGUCUACUCACGGUUGCUUCAUCAAAGUUCCAGUGAUCCCGAAUUCCCUGAACAGCAAGAAAAACUACUGGAAACUGGACUGCAGUCAGAUCACAGCAAAGAUGGUGCGCCGUCACUUUAACGGCCUCCUGCAAUUCUUCCCCGAGCUGGCCUCUAAGCUCGAAAGGGAGAAGCUGGACAGAGCUGCCCCCUCUCCUCAACCUGCAUCCCGCAGGCCUGACCAGGUCAGAUGUAAGGUGAAGUUCACCGGGCCUUUCUCCGUCGAAUCCCUGUUGAAGAGAGACAGCCCCCCUUCUCCACCCUCCGGAGCUUCCCCUCUGCCUGGCGUGGAGCAGCAGCCUUUGCCCACGACCCCACAAAGAGACUUCAUCUGCUACCCCGCGGCUCCCCUGAUUUCACACGCUUCGAAUUGUUUUUCCCACAUCGGCUCAGCAGGGGGCAGCACAGAUCACACGCUCGUUGCUGACAGAGCUGUUGAACCCGCCCGGUGGGUUCCUGUGCGCGCGGAUCCCUCGUCUGCUCCUUACUUCACCAGCGCGCCGCAUGGUUUCGUCACUUAUUCCCCAGCGACAUUUACAAACGUCACGUCUCGUGUAUGGCAAUGAAUUGUUUCACACCUGUAAAAGUAGUCUUCUGCAUUUUCUUCCGGCGGAAUACACACUUCAAAGUACUUUUGUUUUUUUUGUUUUUCUUCUUAGAAACCCGUAAACAUGUUAAGCUAAUGUAUAUAGCUGCGUUUCAAUGCUUUUUUUUGUCCCAGAUAAAACAUUUUUUGAGUAAGGCUAAUAAAUCAUCACGUAUA